AUGGCCCAGCUCACCACGUUUGUGUUCACCGACCUGGUGGGCUCAGUGGCGCUCAAGGGCCGGAUGCCGGGGGGCGAUGCGGCGGCGCGCGACGCGGCUUACGUCGAGCGGGUGUUGCAGCCGCAUCGGGCGCUGAUCGAGGCGGGCUUGGCGGCCGCGGAGGGGCGUGUCGUCUCGACCGCCGGCGAUGGGCAUUUCCUGGUGUUCCCGGACACAGCCCGGGCGACGCGCUGGGCAAUCGACGUGGUGCGUGCCCACCACGAAACGCCGAUCAACGCCGGCGAAGACGCCCCCACCGCCGAGGUCCGCAUUGGCAUGCACGCCGGGGCGCCGCAGCCCGAUCCGCACGACCCCGACAACUUCGUCGGCCGGGCGGUCGAUUACGCCUCGCGCCUCGCCGACCACGCCCAGGGCGGGCAGAUCCUCGUCUCGCGCACCACGGCGGCGCUGAUCGAGGACGGCGUGCUCGACGGCGUAUGGCUCCACGCCCACGGCACCUGCGAACUCCGCGGCAUCGGCUCGGCGGAGCUCUACGAAGUGCUCUACACGGGCCGUUCGCCAACACCCCCGCGACGCAGCCCGGACGAAGAGUUCAACGACCAGCCGCCGCGCGAAUGGAGCGUCCUGCCGCGGACGAUGGGCCUCACCGAGUACGCGGCUCAGUCGGGGAGCGCUUCGACCCGGCGGCGAUCGCCCUCUGAUUCGGCGACCGCUGUGCGGCAGCGGCGGAUCGGCAAUUACGAGCUCUUGGAGCUGAUCGGCGCCGGCGGCAUGGGCAACGUCUACAAGGCCCGCCACGCGCAGUUCGACCGCCCGCGGGCCGUGAAAAUCAUCCGCCCCGACCUUGUGGAAGCGGGCGGCGACUCCGUCGUGCGGCGGUUCUACCAAGAGGUCCGCGCGACCGGGGCGCUGGAGCACCCGAACCUUGUGGUGGCGAUCGACUCGUCGAGCCCCGACGAUUACGAGCACUACCUCGUGAUGGAGUACGUCGAUGGCGUCAGCGUCGAUCGGCUGCUCGACGCCGAGGGGCCGCUGCCGGUGGCCGACGCCUGCGAGAUCGCCCGGCAAGCGGCGCUGGGCCUCGAGCAUCUGCACGAGCAGGGCCUCGUUCAUCGCGACGUGAAGCCGUCGAACCUGAUG